AUGUCUUCUGAUGGUGUCACCAUCCUUAGCCCUAUUCUAAGGGAACUGUUACUGUCUUCAAAUGAAUACCAUACUCCACUACAUUUGUCAUUGGAUCAUGAGUUUAUUUUCAUAUUUCUCUCCCAUUUUGGAUACUUGACUCUGAUUCGUGUCCUUCUAUACGAUACCAUUGAGUCGUUGAAACUCAAAAUGAAAAAGGUCGAGGGGCUUCCUUCAUUGACAAACAAACAAAAGUUGGUUUGUGAUGGACGAGUACUAGCACUGAGUAAUUCCCUGCUGAAGGACUAUGGGGUUACGGAAGGAAAUGUUUUGCAUUUGGUGAUUAGGUUUUUGUCAGUCUUGGCAGUGAAGCUGAAGAAGCCGCAAUUCGAUCUGGACCAGGUGGGGGUGCAAUACAUGGGCAUCACAUCCACUCCCCCCUCCACGACCUCUCUCUCCCUCUCCAUUCGCCUCCCCUUUGCUGCCACCAACUCCAACAAGGUUGGCAUCCGAUACGGCCAGUCCAGCUUCACUGUCAUGUACCGCGGGAUCCCCCUCGGCAAAGCCACUGUCCCCGACUUCUUCCAACAACCCCACAGUCACUGUCAGGUCAUCUCCACCAUCAUCGUCGAUCACAUUAAUCUCCUCCAGGUUGACGCUGCCGACUUGAUUCGCGACGCCUCCAUCAUCGACUGCGUGGACCUCCACAUUUUGGGCGAUGUCUCCGCCAAGAUCCGCGUCAUGAACUUCGAUUCCCCUGGC